CUCCUGACCCUCCGGCUGCUUCCGGCGCGGGAGGAGGAUGUGGCCGGUGUGUGUGUGCGGGGCGCUGCGGACCUGGGCCUUGCCCUUGGCGCGGGCCUCGGGGUCGCGGGCCUGCAGUGGGACUGCGGGCGUCGCCUACACGCAGGGCCAGAGCCCCGCGCCCCGCACCCGCGAGUACUUUUACUACGUGGACCACCAGGGCCAGCUCUUCCUGGAUGACUCCAAGAUGAAGAACUUCAUCACCUGUUUCAAAGACCUACAGUUCCUGGUCACCUUCUUCUCCCGGCUGAGACCCAACCGCAGCGGGCGCUACGAGGCCGCCUUCCCUUUCCUCUCUCCCUGCGGCAGGGAGCGCAACUUCCUGCGCUGCGAGGACCGGCCCGUGGUCUUCACGCACCUGCUGGCUGCGGGCCCCGGCGCCCCGCGCCUCUCCUACUGCGGCGGCGGCGAGGCGCUGGCGGUGCCCUUCGAGCCCGCGCGCCUGCUGCCGCUGGCCGCCAACGGGCGCCUGUACCACCCGGCCCCCGAGCGCGCGGGGGGCGUCGGCCUGGUGCGCUCGGCCCUGGCCUUCGAGCUCAGCGCCUGCUUCGAGUACCCGCCCGGGGCGGCCGCGGUGCCCUCCCACGUGCACUGGCAGGGCCAGCGCCUCCCCCUCACCAUGGACCUGGCCCCGCUGCUGCUCGGCGCCCCCGCGCCCUGAGUGCCGGGCGGGCGGCCGCUGGCCCUGAGCGCGCCUCUCGCCCGCGCCGCUGCGCACGCGCCGCCUGGAGCGCGCGCGGGCCGCGUGCGCGUGCGCGGCGGGGAGCGUCUAGGCCCCGCCCCUCGCGGCGCUGUCCGAGGUGCUGCCAUCGCUGGUUCCGGACCGAGUGCCGGGAGGGGCCCGGGCCCUUCCGCUCCCUCCCCAUCUAGGGUGUCAGUCUUCUGCUUGUGCCCGCGCUCGCGACGGCUGGCCCGUUCGACCGAACGGGAGGUGCAGGGGCUCCGGUGUGUGCGCGCGACCGGCGCCUACCCCUCCCCCGCCCGGGCUGCGCUGUGGGCUCGGCUGGGGAGCCGCGCCGCGGGAGCGUCAGGUGAGGGGGCGCCCGGAGCAAGGUCAGCGGGCGUGGGGCGGGAUGGGGCCGUCUGCUGCGCGCACUGAGGAUGUGCGAUUGGCUGGACCACGCCCUGCCUGGAUCGCUCGGAACAGACCCACGCUUUGGGGAGGCAGGCCACGCCUUGGGGUACUGAGGUGCCUGGGUCGGUUUUGAUUCUGCACCUGAUGGGGUAGCAGGGCUUCCUCCCACCCCACCCCCCAGCACAGACGGGCGCCCUCGAGGCCGUGUCAGCCUUCUCGAAGCCUAUGUGAUGCCAGGCCCCUUACCCAGCCAGAUUAUGGUUUGUCCGCUGAGUAAAAGGACUUGUGGGCGGGCUUCCCAGGCUCCUCCCGCCUGGGCCCUCAUCCCUGCCCAGCUGGCCCUGUGAUAUGGCUCCGCAUCUAGGGAUGCCCGUAUGAUCAGCACUGUUCUGAGUCCAGAGGAGGAAGCCGAGAACCUUCUCAGCUGGAGAGGCCGUGCCCCUGGAAGAUGGGUGUGGGCAAGCCCUUUUGCUCAAGGAGAUGAGUGCCAGGGGCCAAGAGAAUUCCCCUGGCCUCUUGGGGUCCGCAAGCAUCCUGAUACCAGGGAGGGAGCUGCCUCUGCCUGGGCCAAAGCUACUCCAUUAAAGCUUUUGCUGUGCCUA